UUUUCCCCAAUUUGAAAAAGGAGUUAAAACACAAUCAUUUUCCUAAACACUACUCAAUUGUACGACAACAACACGCGAUUUUCUCAUUUGUCUUCGAAGCAUUUGCAAAUGUGUAUUCAACGGAGUCGUUAUGAGGGGUUGAAAAAAAAACAAUUCUAUAAAAAUUGACGGAAAAUCGAUUUGGGACAACAGUUGUCUGUGCCCAAGAAUCGUGUUAACAACAGUCUCAAGUGCACAACCACCGGUAAACCGCCAGCAAUGAACUCCCUUCUUCUCAUCGGAGGAGUUUUGGUAGUGCUGAAUGUCCAGGCGUUGUUGCAGUUCGUAACAGCGGCCGAUAAUAACGAGUCGGUGAUUGAAUCCUGCAGUAACGCUGUGCAGGGCGCCAAUGACGAACUAAAGGUACAUUAUCGGGCAAACGAGUUUCCCGAUGAUCCUGUGACACAUUGCUUUGUGCGUUGCAUCGGACUCGAGCUGAAUCUUUACGACGACAAAUAUGGAGUCGAUUUGCAAGCAAACUGGGAAUAUCUGGGCAACAGUGUUGAUGCGGACGAGGAGUUCGUAGCGAAGCAUCGUGCCUGUCUAGAAGCUAAGAAUCUGGAAACAAUCGAAGAUCUGUGCGAAAGAGCAUACAGUGCUUUCCAAUGUUUGAGGGAAGACUAUGAAAUGUAUCAGAAUAACAAUAACGCCACAAGCUAAUGCAUAUAACAGACUAAUAUACAGUAGACACACCAUUGAAGCACUACCCUUUGUCGUCAAACAGCAUAAACUAAACGGAAUAAAAGUCCCAGGUAUUUGGAAAUAAA